CGGCCGGCUGUGCGGGCGCUCCGGAGAGGCCGACAGAGGUGAGCACUGUGGGCUAUGGGAUGGAUGAGGUGGAGCAGGAUCAGCAUGAGGCCCGACUCAAGGAGCUGUUCGAUAGUUUUGACACAACGGGCACUGGGUCCCUGGGACAGGAGGAACUGACCGACCUUUGCCACAUGCUGAGCUUGGAAGACGUGGCCCCAGUGCUGCAACAGACACUGCUUCAGGACAACCUCUUGGGCAGGGUGCACUUUGACCAAUUUAAAGAAGCAUUAAUACUUAUCUUGUCUAGAACUGUAUCAAAUGAAGAAAACUUUCAAGAACCAGAGUGCUCACUAGAAGCUCAGCCCAAAUAUGUUAGAGGUGGGAAGCGUUAUGGACGAAGAUCAUUGCCUGAGUUUCAAGAGUCCGUGGAGGAGUUUGCAGAGGUGACAGUGAUUGAGCCACUAAGUGAAGAAGCACAGCCUUCACACAUCCCAACCAGUGACUGCAAAGAGCGCUGGAAGACGCAACGCAGUGAGGAGUAUGAAGCAGAAGGCCAGUUAAGGUUUUGGAACCCAGAUGAUUUGAAUGCCUCGCAGAGUGGAUCUUCCCCUCCCCAAGACUGGAUAGAAGAGAAACUGCAAGAGGUUUGUGAAGAUUUGGGGAUCACCCGUGAUGGUCACCUGAACCGGAAGAAGCUGGUCUCCAUCUGCGAGCAGUAUGGUUUGCAGAAUGUUGAUGGAGAGAUGCUUGAGGAAGUGUUCCAUAAUCUUGAUCCUGAUGGUACAAUGAGUGUAGAAGAUUUUUUCUAUGGUUUGUUUAAAAAUGGAAAAUCCCUUACACCAUCAGCAUCUACUCCAUAUAGACAACUGAAAAGGCACCUCUCCAUGCAGUCUUUCGAUGAGAGUGGACGGCGUACCAUGACCCCAUCAGCGAUGAUGAGUACCAUUGGCUUUCGGGUCUUCUCUUGCCUGGAUGAUGGGAUGGGCCAUGCAUCUGUGGAGAGGAUACUUGACACCUGGCAGGAAGAGGGCAUCGAGAACAGCCAGGAGAUACUAAAGGCCUUGGAUUUCAGUCUUGAUGGACACAUCAACUUGACAGAAUUGACAUUGGCUCUUGAAAAUGAACUUUUGGUCACCAAGAAUGUCAUUCACCAGGCGGCUCUGGCCAGCUUUAAGGCUGAAAUCCGGCAUUUGUUGGAACGAGUUGAUCAAGUGGUCAGAGAAAAAGAGAAGCUACGAUCAGAUCUGGACAAGGCUGAGAAGCUCAAGUCUCUAAUGGCCUCAGAGGUGGACGAUCACCAUGCAGCCAUAGAGCGGCGGAAUGAGUACAACCUCAGGAAACUGGAUGAAGAGUACAAGGAGCGCAUAGCAGCCUUAAAGAAUGAACUCCGAAAAGAGAGAGAGCAGAUCCUGCAACAGGUGGGCAAGCAGCGCUUAGAACUUGAGCAGGAAAUUGAAAAGGCAAAAACAGAAGAAAACUACAUCCGGGACCGCCUCACCCUGUCUUUAAAGGAAAACAGUCGCCUGGAAAAUGAGCUUCUGGAAAAUGCAGAGAAGUUGGCAGAGUAUGAGAAUCUGACAAACAAACUUCAGCGAAAUUUGGAAAAUGUGUUAGCAGAAAAGUUUGGUGACCUCGAUCCCAGCAGUGCUGAAUUCUUUCUGCAAGAAGAGAGGCUGACACAGAUGAGGAAUGAAUAUGAGCAGCAGUGCAGGGUAUUACAAGACCAAGUGGAUGAACUCCAGUCUGAGCUGGAAGACUAUCGUGCACAAGGCAAAGUGGUCAGGCUUCCCUUGAAGAACUCACUGUCAGAAGAACUCUAUGUUAGCAGUGGCGGCAUUGAGCCCAACCAGGGGCUUGGUUCUGAAGAAUGCAAUCCACUGAACAUGAGCAUCGAGGCAGAGCUGGUCAUAGAACAGAUGAAAGAACAACAUCACAGGGACUUGUGUCGCCUCAGACUGGAACUUGAAGAUAAAGUGCACCAUUAUGAAAAGCAACUAGAUGAAACUGUGGUCACUCGUGAAAAGGAGCAGGCGGACAUGAAGCAGAAGUAUGAGAAUGAAAUGCACACCUUGGAAAAACAAAUAAGUGACCUUAAAAGUGAAAUUUCAGAACUUCAGGGGCAGGCAGUGGGGCUCAGGGAGGCACACCGUGAGACCACCCGCAGACACGAGGAGGAGAAGAGACAACUGCAAAGGACGUUUGAUGAGGAAAAGACUCGCCUGCAGGAGGAGCUGAGGCUGGAACAGGAGACAGAGCUCAAGGCGAGACUCGAGCAGGUGGAGGAAAGCUUUAACCGAGAGAGGGAAGGACUCAUGCAAAGUAGUGCCUGGACAGAGGAGAAGGUGAGAGGCUUGACUCAGGAACUAGAGCAGUUUCACCAGGCACAGAUGAAAAGCCUGGUGGAGAAACACAUGCUGGAGAAAGAGGAGUUGAGAAAAGAACUCUUGGAAAAACACCAAAGGGAACUUCAAGAGGGAAGGGAAAAAAUGGAAACAGAGUGUAAUAGAAGAACCUCUCAGAUAGAAGCCCAGUUUCAGGCUGAUUGUCAGAAAGUCACUGAGAGAUGUGAAAAUGCCCUGCAAAGCCUGGAGGGGCGCUAUCGCCAAGAGCUAAAGGACCUGCUGGAACAGCAACAGGAAGAGAAAUCCCAGUGGGAGUUUGAGAAGGACGAGCUCACCCAGGAGUGUGCAGAAGCCCAGGAGCAGCUUAAAGAGACUCUUCAGAGAGAGAAAGCAACUUCUCUGGUCCUGACCCAGGAGAAAGAGAUGCUAGAAAAAACAUACAAAGAACAUUUGAACAGCGUGGUCAUCGAGAGAGAGCAGCUACUCCAAGACCUGGAAGAUCUGAGAAAUGUGUCUGAAAGUCAGCAGAGCCUACUGUCUGACCAGAUACUUAAGCUGAAGAGCAGUCACGAAAGAGAACUGAGGGACCGCGAGCAGGUCCUAUACCAGGCAGGGGCCACGGAGCACCUGGCCAGCCAGCAGCUAGAAAGGCUAGAAAAGGAACAUGGCCAGGAAAGGCAGGAAAUGAUGUCCCAGCUUCUAGCCAUGGAGAGCAUCCACAGAGUGACCUGUGAGAAAGCAGAUCGAGAGAGGGCUGAGAUGAGUGCAGAAAUCUGCAGGCUCCAGGAUCAAAUAAAGGAAAUGCAGCAGGAAGCACCUCCUCUCUCCAGGCUUCACAGUGGCUGCCAGGCAAUGGCAGGGGAGGAGGCAGAAGGAAGCAGAGCCCUGUCCCUGCUUCAGCAAGGAGAGCAGCUGUUGGAAGAAAAUGGAGAUGUCCUUGUAAGCCUGCAGAGAGCUCAUGAACAAGCAGUAAAGGAAAAUGCAAAAAUGGCUACUGAAAUUUCUAGAUUGCAACAAAGACUGCAAAAAUUAGAGCCAGGGUCAGUAAUGUCAUCUUGUUUAAGUGAGCCAGCCACUGAGUGUUUUAGAAAUUCUGCAGAACAAACUGAGCCAUUUUUAUUGCAAAACCGAAUGAAGCAAGUAAAAGGUGUAACCACACAGCACAGCCUAAGUGACCUGCAAGACGAUGAGGUCCAGGACCUGGGAAGUACAGGCAUGAGCUUGGUGCAGAGACAGGAGAUCAAAAGAGAGGAGUCUGAAGCUUCAAUGGAGAGUUUUUCUGAGCUUGAAAAUAGUGAAGAGACCGGGACUGAAUCCUGGGACCUGAAGAAUCAGAUCAGUCAGCUUCAGGAACAACUAGUGAUAUUACGUGCAGAUUGCGAUCGAGCUUCCGAAAAGAAACAGGACCUACUUUUUGAUGUUUCUGUGCUAAAAAAGAAACUAAAGAUGCUUGAGAGAAUCCCUGAGGCUUCUCCCAAGUAUAAGUUGUUAUAUGAAGAUGCCAGUCAAGAAAACGACUGCCUUCAGGAAGAGUUGAGAGUGAUGGAGUCACGCUAUGAUGAGGCACUGGAAGAUAACAAGGAACUCACUGCAGAAGUUUUCAGGUUGAAGGAUGAGCUAAAGAAAGUGGAGGAAGUGACUGAGACAUUCCUUAGCCUGGAAAAGAGUUACGAUGAGGUCAAAACAGAAAACGAAGAGCUGAAUGUUCUGGUUUUGAGACUUCACGGAAAGAUCAAGAAGCUGCAGAAAAGAGCAGUCCUGCAGUGUGACUGCUUCUCCUCUUGGAAAGCCCAGUUACAUAACCUAGAAGUUGAACCUGAUGAAAAGGAACUUGAACUCAGUCAGACACUGGAAGAGUGUGUGUCCACGGCUAUGAGUGUACACCAUAUUAUAGAAGAACGCAGACAGGAACACCAGUACCUUCAGCAGGGCAACAUACAGCUCUCAGAAAAAGUAAAAGCCCAAGAAAUUGCCUGGUUACACAGAACAAUACAGACACCUCAAGAAAAGUCUAGUGUACAGAAUCAAGUUAUACUGGAAGAAAACACUGCUCUCCUAGGCCUUCAAGACAAACAUUUGCAACGUCAGGCCACAAUAGCAGAGUUAGAACUGGAGAAAAAAAAGCUACAGGAGCUGACUAGAAAAUUGAGGGAAAGAGUCACAACUUUAGUUAAGCAAAAAGAUGUAUCUUCUCUAGGAAAGGAGGAGGAAGAGCUGAAGGCAAUGAUGCAUGACUUGCAAAUCACAUGCAGUGAAAUGCAGCAAAAAGUUGAACUUCUGAGAUAUGAAUCUGAAAAGCUUCAAGAGGAAAAUUCUAUUUUAAGAAGUGAAAUUACUACUUUAAAUGAAGAAGAUAGCAUUUCUAACCUGAAAUUAGAGAAAUUAAAUGGAUCUCAGGAAGAAAUGUGGCAAAAAAUAGAAACUGUAAAACAGGAAAAAGCUGCAGUUCAAAAAAUGGUUGAAAAUUUAAAGAAACAGAUUUCAGAAUUAGAAAUCAAAAACCAACAGUUGGAUUUGGAAAAUACAGAACUUAGCCAAAAGAACUCUCAAAAUCAGGAAGAAUUACAAGAACUUAAUCAACGUCUGGCAGAAAUGCUAUGCCAGAAGGAGAAAGAGCCAGGAAACAGUACAUAUGAGGACUGGGAACAAGAAAAAUCUAAUCUGAAAGAAGAACUGGAACACUGUAAAGUGCAGUCCUCUGCUUUAGUGUCUUCUCUGGAGGCAGAACUUUCUGAAGUUAAAAUACAGGCCCAUAUUGUAGAACAGGAAAACCUCCUUCUCAAAGAUGAACUGGAAGAAAUGAAACAGCUGCACAGAUGUCCUGAUCUCUCUGACUUCCAGCAAAAAAUUUCUAGUGUUUUAAGCUACAACGAAAAACUGCUGAAAGAAAAGGAAGCUCUAAAUGAAGAAUUAAAUAGCUGUAUUGAUAAGUUGGCAAAAUCAAGUCUUUUAGAGCACACAAUUGCUACAUUGAAGGAGGAACAGAAGUCUUGGGAGCACCAAAGUGAGAGCUUAAAGUCACAGCUGGUGGCAUCACAGGAAAGGGUUCAGAAUUUAGAAGAUACCCUGCAGAAUGUAAACCUGCAAAUGUCCCGGAUUAAAUCCGACCUACGAGUGACUCAACAGGAAAAGGAGGCUUUAAAACAAGAAGUGAUAUCUUUACAUAAGCAACUUCAGAAUGCUAGUGACAAGAACUGGGCCCCAGAAAUAUCCACCCAUCCUUCAGGGUUCCAUAAGCAGCAGAAAAGUCUGUCUUGGGACAAGUUGGAUCAUCUGAUGAACGAGGAACAACAGCUGCUUUGGCAAGAGAAUGAAAGACUCCAAACUGUGGUACAGAACACCAAAGCGGAACUCACAUACUCCCGGGAGAAGGUCCGUCAACUGGAAUCCAACCUUCUUCCCCACAAGCACCAAAAACAUUUAAGCCCGUCAGGAACCAUGAAACCCACAGAUCAAGAAAAAUUGAGCUUAAAGAGAGAGUGUGAACAGUUUCAGAAAGAUCGAUCUCCUACUAACAGGAAGGUCAGUCAGAUGAAUGCCCUUGAACGAGAAUUAGAAACAAUUCAUUUGGAAAAUGAAGGCCUGAAAAAGAAACAAGUAAAACUGGAUGAGCAGCUAAUGGAGAUGCAGCAGCUGAGGUCCCCUGUGAUGCUUAGCCCAUCCCCCCAUGCUUGGGAUCUGCAUCUGCUCCAGCAGCAAGCCUGUCCGAUGGUGCCCAGAGAGCAGUUUCUGCAGCUUCAACACCAGCUGCUACAGGCAGAAAGGAUAAACCAGCAUCUGCAGGAGGAACUUGAAAACAGGACCUCCGAAACCAACAUGCCACAGGGGAACCAGGAACAACUGGUAACCGUCAUGGAGGAGCGGAUGAUGGAAGUUGAACAGAAACUGAAACUGGUGAAAAGGCUUCUUCAGGAGAAAGUGAAUCAGCUCAAAGAACAACUCUGCAAGAAUACUAAGGCAGAUGCAAUGGUGAAGGAUUUGUAUGUUGAAAAUGCCCAGUUGCUGAAAGCUCUGGAAAUGACUGAACAGCGACAGAAAACAGCAGAGAAGAAAAAUUACCUCCUAGAAGAGAAGAUUGCCAGCCUCAGUAACAUAGUCAGGAAUCUGACACCAGCGCCAUUGACUUCGACACCUCCUUUGAGGUCAUAGCCAAACCAAAGGAUAUGCUCAUUUGU